CGGCGGCCGUCAACCAUGAAGUUCGUUCGCUGCAUCAUGAAGACCGCCGCGCUGGCGAGUGUCCCCAAACACAUCGAGCACUUCUCCAAAUUCUCCCCUUCGCCGCUCUCCAUCAAGCAGUUCCUGGACUUCGGAUCCAUCAACGGCUGCGAGAAGACGUCCUUUGCCUUCUUGCGACAGGAGCUGCCGGUGCGGCUGUCCAACAUCAUGAAGGAGAUUAACCUGCUGCCCGACAAGCUGCUCACCACGCCCUCGGUGCGAACGGUGCAAGGCUGGUACAUCCAAAGUUUGAUGGAGAUCCUCGACUUCCUCCACAAGAACCCGGACGACCACAAAGUCCUUGGAGAGUUCGUGGACGCCCUGGUGACGAUCCGGAACCGCCACAACGACGUGGUGCCCACCAUGGCCCGGGGCGUCAUGGAGUACAAGGAAGUCUUCCCGCAGGACGCCAUCACCAACCAGAACAUCCAGUACUUCCUGGACCGCUUCUACAUGAGCCGCAUCUCCAUCCGCAUGCUCAUCAACCAGCACACGCUCAUUUUUGACGGCACCACCAACCCCGUGCACCCCAACACCAUCGGCAGCAUCGACCCACACUGCCAGGUGGGCGACGUGGUGCAGGAUGCCUUCCGCAGCGCCGAGAUGCUGUGCGAACAGUACUACCUGCGUUCGCCGCCUCUUAUUCUACAAGAGAUGAACACCAAGAAGACACGGCAGCCCAUCGGCAUCGUGUACGUGCCCUCGCACUUGUACCACAUGCUAUUCGAGCUCUUCAAGAACGCCAUGAGGGCGACCAUCGAGACCCACGAGAACAGAGAGCUGCCGCCCAUCCAGGUCCUGGUGUCUCUCGGAGGAGAGGACGUGUCCAUUAAGGUGAGCGACAGGGGCGGCGGCGUUCCCUUCCGCCGGAACGACAACCUCUUCAGCUACAUGUACUCCACUGCGCCGGCGCCACAGAUCGGAGAGCACGCCCGACCGCCGCUGGCCGGCUUCGGCUACGGGCUUCCCAUCUCGCGUCUCUACGCCAAAUACUUCCAGGGCGACCUGCAGCUGUACUCCAUGGAGGGCCACGGAACCGACGCCGUCAUCUACUUGAAGGCGCUGUCGACCGACUCCAUCGAGAGGCUGCCGGUGUACAACAAGACGGCGCUGAGGAACUACAAAGUGAGCCAGGAGGCGGACGACUGGUGCAUCCCCAGCAGAGAACCUCUGGACCUGAGCAACUACAAGGUGGCCAAGUGAAGCCGCGUCCUUGUUGUGGAAACCCCUCUGCCGCCCCCUUUCGUCCCUCAAAACAUCUCCCCCUCCCGCUAUCAUGGACCAAUAAGACAAGAACCUGCUCGCUCACGCUUCAGUCUUAGGAGUAGCGUGCCGUUUUUGCCAGGGAAGAACGGAGGAUGUGAAAAUGUCUCGUGAGAGUCCGACGAGCGGCGGCGUCCCGCGCGACAUGUUGACGGGUCACGAGGAGGGCGGGAGGUGCUGAGACGGCAGCGGCCCCAAAAGCGUCAUCUGUGAACAACUCGUGGUGUUUGUUUGCUCCAUUCUUGUGCACGCCUUUGAACAAACUUCAGUCAUGUGACACCCUCGCCAUCAGCGGCAGUGUGUGUAUUAUUUUUAUUAUCAGACUGUGCCUUUCAUGAGUAUUAUGUGAAAUGAUGUUAUAAGAAUAACAUCACUCUCCCCUUGAAAUGAUUGUAAAUAGUGUAAAUACUAUACAGAAGUUAAUAUUAAAAAAAAAAAUAUAUAUAUAUAUAUAUAUAUAUAUAUACAUAUAUAUAUAUAUUUGAAAAUGACACGCUUGGCCUCAUUGUGAGCCAAAGAAUGAGAUGCUGGCCAAUCACAACCAAGCAUACUGACUGCAUGAACAGUGGUGAAAAAGUUGGCAGAUUGAGUCUAGUCUUCCUGAAUGACUUGACUGUAAAAUCACUCAUCAACUUUGUAGCCACCGUUAGGUCAAUCAAUGGGCGGUCUGCAUGUCGGUCAUUGUGUUAACUACCACUGUUGCUUGUGAACCAUUGCUCAACAACCAGUGUCAAUUCAAUUUAAUUUUUUUUUAAAUUGAAUAUCUUUGUGAAGGCAAGCCAACCUAUAUCUUUCGGGGUGUAUCUGGCAGUGCAGCGCAAGUUUGUGUCGUCGUCAGUUCAGGUCAGCGGGGGCCACUCACUUUUUGUUUUGUUUUGUUUGUUUUACAAACAUUAUCAAAUGGCGCCGAAUAACUGUGCCUCAAAAAGUUGGCGAAUGACGAUGCAGUAGCCUCGUUUAUCGCGGGGGUUACGUUUUAGAACCCCCCGCAAUUUCUUUUAGAUGUACUGUAUGUUUUAACACGUUCACUUCCCAUUAACGGCUCUAGAAGUCAAAUAUCCAUGUCAACUGGGAAGGCUGGCAGUGAAUGAGUUAAACAUUUAUACAUAAUACCAAUACAAAAUAUGCUUGAGGUGCAGGUAUUAUUUUUGUCCACUUGAUGUAGCCAUCUUCACUUUCUACACUGUAGUAUCAGUGACUAUGAAUGUGUAGCUUUAAAAGGCGGAAGGGGGGGGGGGGCCUGUUGAGUGACAUCAGAGUCAGCGAAUGAGAGUGUAGCGUUGGCCGUGUUGGCUCAGAAUAGCCAAGUUAAGUUGCUAACCGUGAGUCGGUUGAUGUUUAUUUUCUUACCGUUUGUUCAAUAAAGGGAUUGAGAGUGCA